GGAAGCUCCGUCCCUCUCCCGGUGUCAGCCCACUCUGCAGGGAGGUGACAAACCCGGCGGGGGCCGAGCUGAGGGGGAGUUCCGUGAAAAGCAGAUGGACAAAUCCGCGGUUGUUUUCCUGGAGAGCCGAUUUCCCAAGAGAGCCGGAGCGCACGGCCGGCUCCUCUCGUCCUGUUCCGAGCCCUCGCACGCGGCCCUUCGCCUGUCCCACCCAGGGUGGUUCUCCCUGGCACAGCCCCGCUGGAAUGUCAGCUGGACAUUCCGGGCUCCUGCCAACGCCGACGCAGUCGGGCCAUGCCCAAGCGUUCCCUCAUUCCUCCCUCCGCAGCCGCAGCGAGAAGCAGCGAGAAGCGCGGCACAGGCAGCGCCCCGAGGCUCAGCCGCAGCCGCCGGCGCGCACCCGCACCCACAGGCUUCAUCGGUGAAAAGGCGGCGUGGAGGACACCCCAGCGCGGGGGGCACAGCAGAGCGGGUGCGCUCAGGCCGGGCACUGCCCACCCCAGGCCGUGUUUCCCAGCUCCGUGCGCUGCCGCCGAAGGGGUUCCAGCCCCCCGGGCCGUGCCUGGCGCCAUGGUGGGUCAGAGCCCUGCCGAGGGCAGGGCGGCCGUGCUCCUGCAGCCCUUCGUGCACCAGGUGGGCGGCCACACCAGCAUGCUGACCUACGACGAGCACACCGUCUGCAAGCCCCUGGUGUCGCAGGAGCUGAGCUUCUACGAGUCCCUGCCCCUGGCCAUGAGGCAGUUCACGCCUCAGUACAAAGGUACCGUGUCCGUGCACCUCAAGAAGGACAGCCUGGGCAACCUGACCCUGAUUGCGAGCCCCAGCCUGGGCCAGCCGGACGGCGCCGGCGGUGACCCCGCGGCCAGCUUGUGGCACAAAUGCAAGUGGAGCCACACCCAGGUCACCAAGACCUUCAAAGACAGCUGCCCUGGGAAGAUGCUUUUGAGGACAGACCUUCAGUACCACACAGAUUCCCUUUUGGAAGAUGCAAACGGAAAGCAGCCAGAAAAGAGGAGCUACAACCCCUGGGGACUGCACUGUCACCGGCAGCACCUGAACCGCAUAUCCUCCAAGCACAACGAGAACAAACUUCAUCAGUUCCUCCUGCUGGAAAACGUGGUGUCCAAGUACAGCUAUCCCUGCAUCCUGGACCUGAAGAUGGGCACUCGGCAGCACGGGGAUGACGCCUCGGAGGAGAAGAAAGCCCGGCACAUCAAGAAGUGUGAGCAGAGCACCUCGGCAUCGCUGGGCGUGCGCGUCUGUGGGAUGCAGGUUUACCAGGCAGACAGCGGCCAUUUCCUGUGCAAGGACAAAUACUACGGGAGGAAGCUGUCUCCGGAGGGAUUCCAGCAGACCCUGCGGCAGUUCCUGUCCAACGGGAACCAGCUGCGGACGGACCUGCUGGAGCCCAUCAUCCUGCGCCUCAAGGCCCUGCUGGCCGUGAUCAGGAAGCAAAGCUCCUACAGGUUCUACUCCAGCUCCCUCCUCAUCAUCUACGAAGGGCAGGAGCACAAGGAGAGUGCGGAUCGUCACCCGCCCUUCCCGAAAACGCACGGCACGAACCCCUCCAGGGUGGACGUGAGGAUGAUAGACUUUGCCCACACCACCUUCAAAGGCUCCAAGAGCAACCCCAACCCCACCCCGCACGACGGGCCGGACCACGGCUACAUUUUCGGCCUGGAGAACCUAAUCAAGAUCCUUCAGAGCCUGUCAGAAGGGAAGUGAGAAAUCCUGUGAAUUUCCUGGAUUUCCUAGUGACUGACAGCCCUGAAAAUCCCGCCUGGGCUCGGCCGUGUGGGACCCUGCGGCCGCUGGAUGUGGCGUGGAACGAGCACGGAUGAAUCGGGAAGUGCUGAAAACUCUCCGUGCGCCGUCACUGAACUGAGGCGUGGAAAGCAGAGAGCUGGAAGAAUCUGCUCUCUCUGCCCUCCGUCAGAAGAUUUAUUUUCCUUUCUGGUUUUACUGCUGUCCUUGAUUUAUUUGUGAGCCAAAGAAAGCAUUGCUUGGGAAGAGUCUUAAUGAUAAAGCCGGAGCUGCUCGCCCCGCAGCUGAGCGGGAGGAGGGGGUUUGGGGCAGGAAUGAACAGUUUGAGCUUUUUAUUUUUGGAGCUUCCCUUCCUCUUCCUGCUCAGGUGGGAGAGAAAAACACCCUCCAACAUUCCCAGUGCCCCUGGUCGGGAUUCUCUGUGCACCUGUUCAGACCAAGAGCUGCACCUCACCGAGAUUCAACAUCCCUGUGGGGUUAUAACAGGGAGUUUUCCAUGGAUUUUCUAGGAAAGAGGCUCCAUUGGGGCUGGAAGCGUGGGAAUGCGACGACUCUGUCAGGUAUCAGUCACAAAAAAACAUUCACAUCAAGGGAUUUUUGCUUAAAAAAAAAACCCCAAAAAACAAGGAAAAAAAAAAAGCAAAAAAAAAGGCGUGAGAUUGAGUCAGAGACUGGAUGUCAAAGGUCACCCAGAAAUUCUUUGAUCCAAAAACUGCGUGUGUUUGUGUGUGUGCGCGCAUGUGCGUGUGUUUGAAGGAGACAGUAACAAAAGACUCUAAAAAUAAUGUUUACAGCUUUUGUGGACAGAUUUUAUUAUUAUGACGGAACAAAUAUAAUUCCUUCCUGCAUGGUGUGGGAAAUCUGAAGAAGUCCUUGCACAAGGAACAGUGCUACAGAACUCCACUAUCGGAGAGUGGGGAUAUAAAUAAAAUU